GCAAACAAAACAAACAACCAAUCUCGACCUCCUCCCUUCCACCACCAUGGCCGGAGCACCAUUCUCUCUUUCUUCCUCCUCCAUCCACCACCACCACCGCCAUAAUCUCCAAAACCACCGCCAUCUCCGCCACCACUACUAUCCAAAAACCCACAUCAUAAGCCCCACCUUCCCCAAAAUCUCCCCCAAAUCCACACAUCUCAUCCUCACUUGCUCCUCCUCUCACUCACCGUCCUCCACCGUCCAAGAAAACCCAAUUCCCACCGGAAAAUUCGUCUCCGACUCCGACCACCAAAACCUCCAAUUUCUCGAUAGUUUCAAAGUAUUCCACAAAUUACCAUCUGGGUCGAUGCUCCUAAUCCGAGUGAUGCAAGAACAAGAAAUGGAUAUGACAGUGGAUUUAUUGGCUGAAUCUUUUGCAGAAUCUAUGAUGUUGCCUAAAGCUUAUACCAAACUAUUGGGUUUUCUUGUGAAACAAUAUUUGAUUGAAAGGAGAGCUUUAAUGCCUCAUACUGCCACUUUGAUUGCAUUUCAUAGGAGAAAUACUGAUGAUGAAGAAGAAGAAGAUAUCCAAUUGGCAGGGACUGUGGAAGUUAAUUUUGAUCAAUUUGGGGCUAAUGUUUCACCUCCAACUCCAACUCCUCCAAAGAAUGCACCUUAUAUUUGUAAUAUGACAGUCAAGAAGUCUUUAAGAAGGCAGGGCAUCGGUUGGCAUCUUUUGAAGGCAAGUGAGGAACUUAUUUCGCAAUUGAGUUCAGUAAGAGAGGUUUAUUUGCACUGUAGAAUGAUCGAUUCAGCUCCAUUCAACAUGUAUUCAAAAGCAGGAUACAACGUCUUCAAGACCGAUAGCUUUUUGAUCCUUCUAACAUUACAAAGACGUAAGCAUUUAAUGCGGAAACAACUUCCUCCGGCCUCAAACAUCGUUUCAGACACAAAUACGUUGUAUGCUGACGACAAAAAUAUUGCAUCAACGGCUAGUGUAUCAUGAGGUACGAUGCCUAAAGCUCUACGAUUAAUGUAUCAUAGUAACAUGUUUAUUUCGUGUGUUUUUUCUCAUUUCCGUAUGUAUAUUUGUUCCACAAAAGAAUAUAAUGUUAUCAAGCAUACUAACAUAUCAAACUACAAGAUGUUUACUAGAAAUCAAACCCAAAACAUCAAACAUUCUCAA